AUGCUAGCUGAGCUUUCCGUCGCCUUUACUUUAGCUGCUUUUGCUUUGGCUUCGCCGCCAAUUGAUAAGUUAUGUCCAAGUCAAAGUGGCAUACCCGCAAAGCCAAAUCCCACCCUUCCAAGCAAUGGUGGUGCUUCUGAGCUCCCUGAACCGUCUCAGGGAGCGGCUCUCAAGCAUAUCGCGCUUGGCUUUGGUAUUCAAAACUACACCUGCGCCGAUACCGACACCACUCCUACAUCUGUUGGUGCUCUAGCUGUCCUUUACGAUGUCACUCAUCUCUACCCCGGACAAGGCCACUCAUCUCUGACCCAAGCCGAAUGGGCUUCGGUCCCAGGUGAGGUUCUAAACACGCUGAAUGUUCCUCUGAAUCUCAAUGAAAAUGGUAUCGGAGCCUCCCCCAUCAAACCGUUUCCCAAGAAACAGGAUCUCAAGGUUAGGAGCCUUUCAAAGAAGAUCUCCUACCUUGGCCAUCACUACUUCAACUCUGUCGGUGUUCCGACUUUCGACCUUGACAAGGCUUGUCAACUUCUGAUUGCAAAGAAGAUUGACGGCAUCAAAGCUCCUGGUUCUUCCCCGUCUGGACCCGAUGGCACUGGUGCUGUGGACUGGCUCUUCCUUGGUGAUGCUGGCGGCAGCCACGGAAUUUCUUUUGUCUACCGUGUUCUGACAGCCAGCGGUGCUUCUCACGGAUGCAAGACGAAAGGAGUUGAUAGCACUUCCUACGCAGCCAUGUAUUGGUUUUACAAUUAA